UACUAAAAAUUUCUUGUUUCUAUUGUUCCCUGGAUUUUCUUUAUCUACUUUCCUCAAAGGAAAAGUUUUUGGUUUCUUUUCUUAGUUGGAUCUCUAGAAGUGGUGAAAAGAGCCCAGCAGUCCUCACCGCUUGAUUCCAAAGUGAUCAGGUAAAUCGUCUAAUCAGGGACCCAUGACAAAUUGGACCGUUGUUGACUAGCCACACUGGUUUUCCUAGAAAGCAUAAGAUCCACCACCACCAUCACCGGUCUACUAACACAAACAGCUCAAGUAGAAAUACUAAAAAUUGUUCUUGUUUCCAUUGUUCCCUGGAGUUUCUUAUCUACUUUCCUCAAAGGAAAAUUUUCUGGUUCCUUUCUUAUUUGGAUCUCUAGAAGUGGUGGAAAGAGCCGCAGCAGUACUCACAGCUUGAUUCCGAAGUGACCAGGUGUAACUCUCUUGAAGUGGUAGAAACAGAGUAGAGGAAAGAGCCCUUGCAAUUGCAACACUGAAUCCACAAACUUUUCAAGACAGCCAAUUCAGAUCGACAGAAAGAAAGAGAAGUAAAAAAAUUUGAAGCACAAAGGUCGAAUUGGUGUAUAAGGGAGUCGCAACAGUCUAGCAGCUCCUCAUCCUCACAUCUUGAUUUACUUCAAGUGAUAAGGGACAUUAAAGCUAAUACAAUGUGUGACUUUGUUGGGCCAAUCCUUAAAGUUAUAAUGUUCAUCGGCCGUCCAGCUAUAAGAUAUCUUAAUUACCGCAGAAAAUUCAACAAAUAUGUGGAUGAUUUCAAACAAGCUCAAGCAGAUUUGCUAGCUAGGGAGGCAGAUAUUCAACAACAAUUGCAAGACGAGCAUCAUUUUGGGAAAAAGCCAAAGCAGGAAGUUGAAAGUUGGCUCAGAAAAAUAAAGGAGAAGCUUGCUGAUGCUCAACGUGUUGAAGAUAAAGUCAGUAAAGGGAAAUCUCUCUUUCGUUCUUGCCUAGGGAAGCGUGUUUAUGAAGCGACUCAAGCAUUGAAGGAAGUGAAAGCCGAAGGUCAUUUCUGUGGGAGCUUGGCGGUUAAUGACCUCUCUAUCACAGUUGCUCAACUACCAACAUCAGAAUUGGCAGGUGAGACUAAUGUAAAAGAAGAAAUUUAUAACUAUUUGAUGGGAAAUGAAGUUAGAAUAAUUGGAGUGUGUGGGAUGGGAGGAAUAGGCAAAACAACCAUUAUGAAGCAUGUCCAUAACAGGUUGUUGGAAGAAACCAAGUUUAGCAAGUUGAUUUGGGUAACUGUAACCCAAGACUUCGAUAUUCGAAGGCUGCAAAACAACAUUGCAAGACAAUUGAUGGAAGAGUUGUCACAUGAAGAAGAUACAACCAUACGUGCAGCAAAGUUAUCAGAAAUGUUGAGGAAACACCGGAGGUAUGUGCUAAUAUUGGAUGAUGUAUGGAGCAGCUUUUCUCUUCAGGACAUCGGAAUCCUUGAGCCAACAGCAGAUAAUGGAUGCAAAUUAGUGUUGACAACACGUUCAGAAGAGGUUGUUAGAACAAUGGGCUGUAAGAAAGUCCAAGUACUGUGUCUUUCUGCAGAUGAGGCUUUUCAGUUAUUUUUAAGCAAAGCUGGACAAGACAUGUUGCCUAAUCCAACUUUAGAAUCGAUUAUGAAAGAUAUUGUGGGAGAAUGUGAUGGACUUCCUCUUGCAAUUGUCACAAUAGCUGGUUGUAUGAGGGGAAUAUCUAAUCCUCUUCUGUGGGAAAAUGCUUUGGAUGAGUUGAGAAGUAACAUCAGAAGCAUCCAGGUGGUGCAAGAAAAAUUGUUUAGAUGUCUAAAAUUUAGCUAUGAUCAUCUAAGACAAACAGACCAGGGUUGUUUUCUAUGUUGUGCUUUGUAUCCUGAAGAUUAUGAAUUCAAAAAAGAGGAAAUCAUUGACUAUUGGAUGGAAGAAGGACUUAUAGAUGAAAUGGGAACUAGAAAAGCAAUGGAAGGUUGGGGUCAUUCUAUUUUGCAGAAGCUCAUAGAGAAUUGUUUGCUAGAAAGGGUUGGGGAAGGUACACAAAUAAAGAUGCAUGAUGUUGUUCGAGAUAUGGCAUUGGAUAUUACAAAAAAAGGUUUUUUGGUAAAAGCUGGUAGGCAAUUGAAAGAGCUACCAAAUGAGGAAGAGUGGACUGAAGAUUUGGAGAAGGUUUCUCUAAUGAACAAUUACAUAUCAACAAUUCCUCCAAAUAUGAAGUCUCCAAUAUGUCAAAAGGUCACAACCUUGUUACUCUCAAGAAAUUCAUUGAAAGAAAUUCCAGAAUCUUUCUUUGGGCACUUUCCUAAUCUUAAGAUUCUUGAUCUUUCUUAUAAUCCUCUUACGAAGUUGCCGAAUUCUAUCUCUAAUCUGGAGAGUCUCACUGCAUUGGUGCUGCAUGGUUGUCGCCAUAUAGAUAAUCUGCCAUAUUUAUUGAAGCUUCAAGCUUUGAAGAAAUUGGACCUUGGAAGAACUUCAAUCAAGGAAAUCCCUCAAGGUUUGGAAAUGUUAGUAAAUCUUAGGUAUCUCAAUCUUGGACUUACUAACUAUUUGAAAGAGAUCCCCAAUGGAUUAUUGUCGAAAUUGUGUCGUAUUCAGUAUUUGGCAAUACAUCCAGCAUCAACAGGAGCGAAAGAGAUAAGGGAAUUGAACAAGUUGGAAGUUUUUGAAGGUUGCUUUAGUGACUUGGGUGACUUGAACACGUAUUUUAGUCAGAGAAAAAGGCUUCAUAAAUACUUUAUUUGGCUGAGCCCCAAUCCCUUGUUGAAGGGUGUGUUAUUCAAUGAACAAGUUUAUAUUGGAUACAUGGAUCAUAGUAAUAUUGUUGUAUUUGUGGGUUAUAAUAUUAAUUCGGGAGAUGGUAUUAGACUUCCAUAUGAUAUUCAACACUUAGGAUUUAUUGAGUGCAAAGGUUUGAGAAGCUUAAACGAUAUUUGUGGGUUGAAAGAUGCAACUAAUUUGAAGGGAUGUACAUUUGCGAAAUGUGAGGAGUUGGAGUCCAUUUUUCCAUCGGGUUGCCAACUUCAAACACUUGAGUCACUAAAUCUAAGUGAUUUGCACAAUUUGAAGGCUAUAGUUGGAGAGUCAUCAGCAGGUGCAUUUUCCAGCCUCAAAACAAUCUGUAUAUUCAGUUGUACAAAAAUAAAGAAUUUGUUCUCAGCUAAGUGGGUUCUGCACAACUUGGAAGAGGCCACUGUUGGGCAUUGUGACGAAAUGGAGGAAAUAAUAGUAUCAGAGGAAGAAGGAAUAGGUACCAUCAAAUAUAAUCUUCCCAAAUUACGGAUAUUGCAUUUGGUGGAACUACCACAUUUGAAGAGCAUUUGCAGUAAAAAUGGAGUAAUGGUUUGUGAUUCUCUCCAAUGCAUUGAUAUAAGGAAUUGUCCAAAGCUAAAGCGGCUUCCCCUGUAUCUUCCCCUGCUUGACCAUGAUACGGAAAAACCAUCUCCUCCUCCUUCUCUCAAGGAAAUCCGCGUGCAUCCAAAAGAAUGGUGGGAAUCAUUGGAGUGGGACCAUCCCCAUGCAAACAAUGUCCUUCUACACUUCCUCAAGUUCCCGCAUAGCCUCUUCGAGCAACCGAUGGAGGAGUAUCUUUAAAAGCAUAAUGUGAGUCUUUUUUAACUAUACAAUUGCAAAUCUAGUUUCAUCUUAUUAUUUUCUUUUUAUUUCAUUUUUGUAGAGUUUAACUAUAACAUGCUAACAUGCUAAUACUAGUAUUUAGUAUCACUACUUUUUCUUUGCUAGAUGCAUGAAGAGGGAAGAAGGUUGCAUGCGUUAUUGCUGAAGUAAAUCAUAAUCCAAACAUCUAUUGCCUUCUGAUUUUGAUGUUCUUUACUUUGUAAUUCUUUUUUUUUUUUUUGGCCAGUUGCAAUUAUGGAUUCAAUUCCUAAAAAUUGCGUCGUUGAUUGUAAUGGACAGAUG